ACUCGUCCAGGUAGAGUGAGCCUCAGGCCAGUGGAUGAACAGACAGAAGCUGAAAGCGCCCAAUAAAGGAUGCGUGAGAGGGCCGCGCGGAACUGGAGCACGGGCGGCUGGCUGCUGGCACUCUGCCUGGUCUGGCUGUGGACCCUCCUGGCCUCGGCUUCCUUGCAGCCUCCAACUCCCACAGUCCCCGUGAAGCAGGGCACCUGCGAGGUGACGGCUUCUCACCGCUGCUGCAACCGGAACCGCAUCGAGGAGCGCUCCCAGACCGUCAAGUGCUCCUGCUCCUCCGGCCAGGUGGCUGGCACCACGCGGGCAAAGCCCUCCUGCGUGGACGCCUCCAUCGUCCUGCAGAGGUGGUGGUGCCAGAUGGAGCCCUGCCUGCCGGGGGAGGAGUGCAAGGUGCUGCCGGACCUGUCGGGGUGGAGCUGCAGCCGGGGACACAAGGUCAAAACUACCAAGGUGACACGGUAGUUCUUGGGGUCAUGGCCUCGGCAGAACAGCUUGGCUGAGCCGUGGACGGAAGCAUGGUAUCCAGUUAUCAGCCGGCAAGUCUAGAGGUUCGCUUCCC